GCUGAUAUCUCUGGCGGUUUGCCGCAUGGAAGUCGCCCAGGCUAUAGGCUGACGAUCACCUUUCUCAUCCGGACGUUUUCUCUCCGUUUUCACCCCCCCCACCCCACCCCCCUGUAAGAGCAAGACACGCAGCAUCUCUGUUUCCUUUCUCCUUGGAUAUAUAACAGCACCUAUCCGUUGUUGGACCGAAAGGGAGAGCCUGAAUCUCGGCUUCAUUCCAGCAGAGAGAGAACCUGGGGGUCGGAUGUGUGGAGGGACUUCCAUGGUGUGGAGUCUUGAUUUUACCCAGCGACCCACCGGGAGGCUCGGAACCGAGCAAAUCCGUCGCCCUGCUGGAAUAUUAACAACCCUAAUCCUGACAGCAACCCAGGGGGUGGGUGGUGGUGGAGGGGGAGAUGCUGCUGCAGCAGAGUUUGGGACUCUAGAGAGCUCUCCAACUUUUCUAAAAGGAGGCUUUUCGCUUCUAAUCCAUUUCCCCCUUACCGCCUGUGGGACUCCUGUUUGAUUUGCAGGCUCCUCGACGUCAGUCAUGGACCGGUCCACGUCUCUGGACAUCGAAGCGCUCAAGAUGACCCAGGAGCAAUACAUUCUUGCAGCCCAGCCGAACCCUCUCCACCAGCGGGGUGCAUCAGAAUGCAGCGCCCAGGUUUACCCUGCAGUCGGCAUCUAUGGCUGGAGGAAGAGAUGCUUGUACUUUUUCAUCCUCCUCCUUCUCGUCACCAUGAUCGUCAACCUGGCGCUGACCAUCUGGAUCCUCAAAGUCAUGAACUUCACUCCGGAUGGUAUGGGGAACCUGCGAGUCACCAAGGAAGGAGUCCGACUGGAAGGAGUGUCUGAAUUCUUAUUGCCUUUAUAUGUCAAAGAGAUCCAGUCACGAAGGGACAGUCCACUGAUCCUCCAGUCAGACAGAAAUGUGACUGUCAAUGCAAGAAAUGAUCAGGGACAACUGACUGGUCAGCUAACCGUGGGUUCAGAAAUGGUUGAAGCUCAGUGUCAGCGGUUUGAGGUGAGGAGCACUGAUGGUGAGCGAGUCCUGUUCUCUGCAGAUGAAGAAGAGAUCAGCAUUGGAACUGAGAAACUUAAAGUUACAGGGAGUGAAGGAGUGGUGUUCAGCCAUUCAGUUGAGACUUCACAUGUAAGGGCAGAACCUUUCCAAGAUCUAAAGCUGGAAUCCCCAACUCGGACCCUGACCCUGGAGGCUCCCAGAGGGGUGGAAAUCAGUGCUGGAGUGGGAGACUUCACAGCUUCUUGUAGGAAAGACCUCCUUUUGCAGUCCUCAGACGGAGAGAUCUUUCUAGAUGCCAACACCAUCAAACUGGGAAACAUUCCCCUUGGUAGCGCUGUAGACCCACUGGAAGGAGCACCUGCAGGCACCACCUACACCAAACAGACUGUGUACGAGCUGUGUGCCUGCGCUAAUGGCAAGCUCUACCUGUCCCCAGCUGAGAAAGGCUCCACCUGCCAAACCACCAGUAACUUUUGUCUUUGGAGCUGAAAACGAGAGGAUUACAAACACACAGGACAUGCCGACUAAACAGUUUGAAGCUAACGCUAGCCAACAGACAACAAAAUGAACAAGGAUUGUGCAAUGGAUGGAAGCUGAUGCCAGGUAAAAAGCUGAAUCAACACGGACUAAAGCAUGGCAAGAAGUUUCAUGCACGUUCUGCAAUCAAAUGGCAUGGACAGCUCAACAGAAAGCUACCAGUUAGUAAGAGACUGAAUCAACAGGGACUGUGGCUUGAUAUGCAGCUAAAGCAAGCUAAAAGACUAAGUCAACCUGGACUACAGCCCAUGUGAGGUCAUUGCAGCACACCAACCAAAUUAAUAUGGAUUGGUCAGUGGCCAAUGCUAGUAAAAAGGAUGGAUGACUUGACACAAAAGAUGAUUUUGUACUAAAACAACUCAUGGACAUAAAUGGACAGUCUUAUUUUUUUUGGCUCUUGGUGGUUGCCUGUCCUUUUUUUAGUUGCUGCCAGUACAGAGUGUGAAAGUCACAAAGAUUGCUCCUGGGAUUUGCUUUGUGUUUUUCCUGUUUGACCAAAAUAUUCAUGGAAACAAGCUCCUGUUUUAUUUUAUUUUAUUUUAUUUUAUUUUUUUAGAAUCAACAGAAAUGGUUAUGGACUGCAAAUUUUAUGAGGGAAAUGGUGGGAUCAACCUGUCAGUUGGCAACAGUAAGAGACAGAAAUAAAUGUUUUGGCUUCACCCGAUGGGUAGCUAAUAAUUAAAUCAGACAAUAUGUUUGUCUUAUGGGAAGCUGAGGCUACCUAACGGACCAAUCUAUACCAGAAAGGCCUUCCCCCUCUUUCCUACCCUUCAAGUCUGUAAACCCAACAUUGUUACGUGAUCCUUCUGCAUUAGUAUAAACUUGAUAGUUACAACGUCCUCCAGUCCCUACUUUUAUAGGAUAACUAAUGCAAAUAAUUGUGCUUUAACCUUGUAUUCACCAGCUUAUUUUUCCCCAUCAUGUUUUUUUCAGAUCUUUUAUAUUCAUGUCAUAUUGUUUUUUUUUUUUUUCCUUUUAGUUUCAAAUCAACACUUUUGCUUAUUUUCUUUAUUUUGAUUCUGGUAAUUUUUUUCUGGUACUGGUACUGUUUCUGUGCUUUAACCUUCCACAUUUUGCUUCAACCCAUUUUUUAUGUCUAUGCACACCUAGUUGCACCUGACUAGUUUGGAAAAUAUAUAUUUCUUUAUAUACAUUAUCUUCUACCAAAGUAAGAAGAAAGCAGAAAAAAAUAGAAAUAAAAAAAAAACAUUGGUCUAGCUGUUUUGCUACAGAAUUGGUUUAACUAUUUAUCCUUGACAUACCAGUUGUACCUGUUACUGAAUUUUCUCUCUUCUCGCUUUUGCUCAUACUUUCAGUUCUGAAACAUCUUUAUGUGGGUAUAUAAAGGCUAUUUGUGUUGUUUGGUAAAAGAAAAUGAUUUAAAAGGAGACAAGAAUUAUAAAUGUAAGGGUAAAUAUCUAAGCCAAAACACCAUUCAAGCAAAGAGUCAUCCCAUCUUGAGAAGAAUUAUGUAUUUUCCUCCUGUGUUUCAUUUCCCAUUAAGACUUUUUGGUAUAUUGUAUGAAAUACAUUUUGCUAUUUUUAAUCAGACUUUUUUUCUGUUCAUUCUCAACAACAUUGUCUUUGUGCUCACUUUUCACUUUAGUCUUUCCUUAGAUUGCCGUUAUCUGAAAUGUUUUUACCAUUCAGCUCCUCUUGCUUACCUUCUAUCGUCACUUUACUCCUUUUCAAUCAGUUCAAAAUUAUUUUGACUUCCUAUCUCAUUAUUCAUCUUUUACCCAUCAGUCACUAAAUGGCAUCUCUUGAUGUUGUUUCCACAUCCUAUUUGUGAUAACCCCAUUCUUUACUCCCCUCUUGACAUACUAAGCUUAAAUAUCAGGAAAUCUAUUCCCCUAUUGUUACACCACAAUCCUUUAAAAAAAAACAUCAGAAGCAUAACAAUAGAACUUAAGAAGCUAAAGCAUUUUUAACACCCAGGGUCAAAGUAAAUGGCCUCCAGCAGGCUAUAUUUGAACCCAAUUUCCGCAAUAGCUAAACAAUAGAAUAAAUCAGCAUAUCUGUGUGAUGAAAACAUUUUGAAAGGAAAUGUGGAAAGAUUUUGGUUGUUUGUGUGUGGAAUAAGGCCCUUAGGCUUUUUUUUUCUUUUUAAAACUAAAUUAUCCACAGGUGCCUUUGCUGCUGUUGGUAAAAGCACAUCACAAACUGAAGAUUCACACUACCCUCAGUGGACCAUCUGCAAGUGUCUCUGAAAUAUCUAUUAUCAACCUACCUACCUAUCUGUUUGUUUUUCUCUCUCCCCUCCCUUCAUUAUAUCCUCAGUUUGUAAUACUCUCAGAAUAUCCACCUAAAUAAGAAGAAUUCAAUCCUGGUUUAAAGGUUAGGUUUUAAUUUUCUGAUGUGUUUCCUUAUGGUUUUAUUCUUGGUAAUAAAAAAGCACAAAUAAUGCCAUGUAUAUAUCAAUACCAAUAAAAUACAAAAUAAAACAAUAUUGUUUUUAAA